AUGCGUUUUCACUCCAUUACUCUGAUAGCUGCCGCUCUCUUCGGCGCAGUAACUGCUAUCCCAUGUUCAGAACUCGGAUGGAACGAAGAUGCCGAUCUCUUCGGCUAUUACCAUCCAUUCGAUACUGAUCAGGAUCUUUGGGAUAUUGUCGACGCCAACGAUUGCUGGGCUCGCUGGCAAUUGAUCCGACCAGGUCAGAGGCGAAACGACGCCAGGGUCACUAAAACAGUCUUCGAAGCGACUGAGAACGAAGUUCGAUCUACGAUUAACAACUAUAACAACAAUGGAGGAACCAACAUCCAGCUCUGGCUCCCUAUGCGGACGAAAAGUCUUCAAUACUCCCAUAUGUUACCUUCAUAUCUGCAAGACCACGAUCCCAUUGACCCUCAAUCGUCCAUAAGCGAUUGGUCGCGUGUCAUUGUAUCCAUUAUUCUCCCUAGCGCCAGAGACAAGCUCACACCGGUGAGGUUGACUAAGACAGGAGAACACGAAAAAGAUGCCAACGUUGACAGGGCAGAAGACGUGGGCAUUACCGGGCUCACUGGUACGAUAGCUCGAGAAGACUGGGCCUAUACUACAGGCGCUGAGCUUCGCCUGGCCAUGAAUACCAUCUUGGAAGAACAAAAGGAUGCCUACCGUGCAAGGAUGCCGUGGGAUAAGCACAAUUUUGCUUAUACCUUUGCUGAAAAGGCCAAUGGCGACUGUGUCGUUAUUGACUUUCGAAACUUUGCGGAAUUCGUUGUCCGCUUGCCACCGAAUUUCCGGCUUCCGUGA